ACCUCCUGUGCGGUGCAGUGGUGGAAAGUAGGCAAAAUACUGUAAGCUACGUUAGUACCAUUUUGAGGGAGCGUAGCCUACGUUAUAACUUAUAUGUAAUACUACUGUAGACCUACUAACAUUUCAGAGGUAACUUACCUAGGCUAAAUGUAGCUAGGGAUGCAGUAGCAACUUUUUACUCCACAUUUUACUUUACUUAGCUAGCUACAUUAGCUAAGUAGCUAGAGUGUUUAGCUAAUGCACAACUUUUUCUUGUAACGUAGAGGGUGUUGUAUUGUACGUUUACUUUAGUAAAGGAUACCAGUACCGUAUUCCACCACUAGUGUGUUGAAAAGUCAGUCAGGUCCAGACGAUACUUGAAUGUGGCGUUCAUCCGUUAGAGGCCGCUAGAGGUUUACUGUGGGACCUGAAAUGGCGGCUCAUCUGUAGUCGUUAGUUUGCCCCGCCUUGUUGUUAGGCAGGUUGUCAGGGGCAGCGCAACAUGGCACCAGCCAGUUAAGCUAACGUUAGCUAGCUAACACGGGAUUUAGUUAAUGAUGACACCUUUAUUUAUCAAAGAAAACGACUGUCGUCAUACCUGUUUUUUCACUCGGUGCUGCCAUGUGUGUUUUGGUAAACGCAGCAGAGACGACAGCAGCGAUUUUUAUCGAAAUAGCCAGGGACUUGCAGUGGGAUUUGCCGUUAACUGUUAACCUUAGCUAGUUAGCUAGCUAGCUAGCUAGGUUUGCUAACGUCAGGCAGCCAGCUAAUUAUAUCAAACCAACAGACGUAACGCGACAGACAACGACAGUGACAUUACCUUGUAAAUAGAUAGCUUCAGUUUCCAUUACGGUUGUUUGGUGCGAAAAUGGAGAACGAUCAGGGAGAUUUAAUGGAGCAGGAAGAACACGACGGCAGCGACAAACCCCCAUCUUCCCUCAAAGCCCCUUUGCGCUCCACUCGACUGAACAUCCAGAGAAGUAAUGUCUGCUCUCGGGCUUAUUUUGUGGUGAUCAUGGUCUUCUUUCAUGUGUAUAUCCUGAAUGUUAUUGGCCUGCUUCUGUACGUGCACUACAACAACGGCCCCGGGGAUCUUGUCAGUGGAGACGGGACCAGCUCCGCAUCAGUCGGCGAAAGCGAAACCCCUUUGCCCCAUCCUGCCCCAGCUGCAGGAGACCUACCGUUACACGUAGAGGAAGACUAUACUCAAAGUUACAGUCUUCCUCGCAUUGAGGGGAUACGGGUGGGUCACGUUCAGCAGGUGUCCCUUGUGCCAGACAGAACACAUGAGAUGAGGACAAUCAGCCUGAAACCUCUGCUAUUUGAGAUCCCUAGCUUCCUGUCAGAGGAGGAGGGCCGUGUGGUGGUGCAGCUGGCUCAGCUCAAGGGUCUGAUGGAGAGCCAGACGACAGCGCCCAGCCAGGGACAAGUGGAGUCAAACCAGCCACUACUUUCUUUCAGCACAGAGGAGGUCUUCAGUCUGUUGGACCUAAACCAGGAUGGGUUGCUGCAGAAACAGGAGAUUGUGAGUCACUCGCACUCUCGAGAUGGAACUUGGUUGAACCCAGACAACUUACGGCAGAUACUCAGUGGUCUGGAAGUCUGCCCAACGGGGAUGCUGACCUUGGAGGACUUUAGGCGUGUUUAUGAUGUGUCCCAGCGCCCAGGACAACAGCGAAGCGGGAAGCACCGGAGUCAGUUCAAACAGAGAAACAAACAUACGUGGCUUUACCAAGGCCCGGGAUCCCACCAAGUGCUGCAGACACUCAGGACCAGACUAAUCAGUCUGACACGUCUGCCUUCCACAUUGGUUGAGCUGAGUGAGCCACUGCAGGUGAUUCGCUAUGAUCACGGAGAUUUCAGUAAUGCCCACCAUGAUAGCAGCCCUGCUCAUUCAGAGACUACCUGCGCGCACACACGACUGGCAGGAAACACAUCUGCUCUCACAGAGGUGUCUUGCAGGUAUCUUACCAUGUUAUUUUACCUCAGCUCUGUAGAGGAAGGUGGUGAGACCACCUUUCCUGUGGCAGACAACCGUACCUAUGAAGAGCAGGCACUGAUACAGCUUGGAGUUGAUUUGACGGACACCCGGGAGACAUGUGACCGAGGGAACAUGAGAAUAAAACCUACUGCUGGGACAGCUCUGCUCUGGUACAACCAUCUAUCUGAUGGUAGAGGUUGGAUGGGUGAGCUGGAUGAGUAUUCCCUCCACGGUGACUGCCCAGUCAGGCGUGGGGUGAAGUGGAUGGCCAACAGCUGGGUAAAUGUGGACCCAGAUCACCAGCGGCAGGCCUACUACCAGAGACUAGUUGGUCAAAGGCAUCGAGCUAAGUCGGGCAUGGAGGAGCAUUACCAACCUCUCUCACACAGUGACCUCCAUCAGGAUCUAUAGCCGGGCUUUUUCAAUGACAAGACAAAGCCCCAUGAUUUUAUAAGUUUUGCAUUUUUGAGGCCAGUGAGACCUGACAGACGUUUCUGUAAUGUCAGCUGCUAUAAUCAAAAGGAAAAUUGCACAAAAUAGCAAACCAGAUAUCUUCUCCUUUUCAGUAAAUCUGUCUUGCUUUAUAUUAUGUCUCUCAAGCCACUGCUUGGAUAUCCACAUUUACUUGGAUACAUAAGUAAAUUUCAAAAAUCACAAAGGUUUAGUGAAUUUUAAUAUAGAUUUUAUAUCAAAAAUGUGGCAGGCAGGGCGCCCAGAUGGCUCAGGUGGUAGAGCAGGUGCCCAUAUAUAGAGGUUUA